CGGCGGGAGCAGGUGGAGGGCUGGCUGGCGGCAGCGGCGGCGCUGGGGCUGCCAUGGCUCCGCGUCCCCGGCCAGAGCAUCAGCUCCCACCUCCGCCGCCCUCCUCGCCUGCCUCCGAUGCCUACCAGACUUUGGCCUCUGCGGGCGUCCCCGCCUAACCAGCCUCCCCUCGCUGUCCGCUGGGGCUUGGGGGAUCCAGCCGUCUGGGGUCCCAGGGCCAAUGCAGUGCCGCCUCCUUCGGGGCCUGGCGGGAGCCCUCCUCACCCUUCUGUGCAUGGGGCUCCUCUCCGUUCGGUACCACUCGCGCGGGUCCCCACAGGCCGUGCGGGAGGCCCCCAGGCGGAGGCCGCCAAGCCCUCUGUCCCCUGAGCUGCAGCCGGACGAUGUCUUCAUCGCAAUCAAGACGACCCGAGCCUUCCACCACUCCCGCCUUGAGCUGCUGCUGGACACGUGGGUCUCCAGGACCAGGGAACAGACGUUUAUCUUCACCGACAGCCCAGAUGAAGGUCUCCAGGAGAGAUUGGGGUCACACCUCGUGGUCACCAACUGCUCGGCUGAGCACAGCCACCCCGCCCUGUCCUGCAAGAUGGCUGCUGAGUUCGACACCUUCUUGGCCAGCGGGCUGCGGUGGUUCUGCCACGUGGAUGACGACAACUAUGUGAACCCAAGGCCACUGCUGAAGCUGCUAAAAACCUUCCCGCAGACCCGCGACGUCUACGUAGGCCGGCCCAGCCUGAACCGGCCUAUCCGCGCUUCCGAGCCCAGGCCGCACAACCGCACGAGGCUGGUACAGUUCUGGUUUGCCACGGGGGGUGCUGGCUUCUGCAUCAACCGCAAACUGGCCUUGAAGAUGGCCCCAUGGGCCAGUGGCCCCCGCUUCGUGGAAACAUCUGCUCUCAUCCGGCUGCCUGACGAUUGCACCGUGGGCUACAUUGUCGAGUGCAAGCUGGGGGGCCACCUGCAGCCCAGCCCCCUCUUCCACUCCCACCUGGAGACCCUGCAGCUGCUGGGGGCUGCCCAGCUCCCAGAGCAGGUCACCCUCAGCUAUGGCGUCUUUGAGGGGAAGCUCAAUGUCAUUAAGCUCGAAGGCCCCUUCUCCCCUGAGGAGGACCCUUCCAGGUUUCGUUCCCUCCAUUGUCUCCUCUAUCCGGAUACUCCUUGGUGCCCGCAGCUGGUGGCCAGGUGAACCCUGACCUGCUGGGCAAAGAUUAGGCCGAGGCCUCUGGUUAUCCUUUGGCCUCCCAGGCAGCCCUGGGGACCCGUGGCGGGUGCCCUUUGGUGGACAGUCCCUGGCACGGCCUCUGAGCAGUGGGCCAGCCCAGGGUUGGAUGGUGGCUGGCAGUGAAGGCAUGCAAGGCCCCGGGGAAGUGGACUGGAUGGCCCAGAGAACAGGUGCACUGGGUGCGGGGAGACAGGCCCCAGGGGCUGGGCUUCUAUGGGCCUUGAGUGGCUGAAUUGAAUAAGCAUGGCGGGGGGGGGGGGGGGGG